AUGUUCCGGCCUCCGCCUCGGCCUCUGGUUCUGUUGAUGGUGCCGUCGCCGUCCUCCCAGUGCUGCCAGCACACCGCCACCGCCUGCGCCGUUGCUUCCUCCAGCGGCGGCCGCCUGGGCACGCGCCUCUCGCUCGGCCGCCGCCACCAGCUGUGCCUCCAGCUCCGCCUCGGCCGCCUCGUCGCUCACGCCGCCCGCGGCCCCGGUGGCCUUGCGCAGCUCCUUCCGCCGCGCAAUCCGCUCCCGCAGCGCCUUGUCCUCGGCGUCGCGCGCCUCCAGCUCCUUGACCCACUUCUCCGUCUCCGCCUGCUGCUUCUGCUGCCGCUCCAGUGCCCACUGCUGCCGCUCCUUUUUCCGGUCGUCGGCGAGGUAGAUGCCGCCGCCAACAAUGGCCAUGAUGGUAAAGCCCUGCGCGAGCACACGCGCACGGAACAUGCGCUGGGCCUGGUGGUGGUCGCCCUUGCGGAUGGCGCGGGUGGCGUUGAUAAAGGCGGCGACGGUCACGAUGCAGCCGAUGGGAAUGAGCGGUUCUUUGAGCAGCUUGCGGCCGAAUCGUUGCAGGGGCGUCGAUUGAUUUUCUCUGAGGGGUGGGGGGAGGGGAGGUGUCAGCAGCUGCCGCAAGACAACGAAAGAGAACGGUGGAGCAAGACUCACGCAUUGCUGUCAAACGACGACGGCAUUCCGUCGGACGGCGGCAGGUUGGACAUGAUGGCGGUUGUGCCGGCGGUUGUGCCGGUGGCUGCGCAAGCGUUGUAUCUGUGUGUCUGUGCACCUGUGUAG